GGAACCGGCGUGACGUCACGCAUUGCAUAACAACCUAGUUACCGUCUCAUCCGGGUCUUUGGCGGUGAAGCGCAGCCUUAGUGAUUACUGCAAUCAUGGGGGAAAACGUAAAACUGUUUGCUUGUUUUAAAAUAUUGCACAUUCCCUCUUGCAAUUUUCUUAUGUGCAACACGUAUGUAGAAUGUCUUAUGAUUACUAUGAUAGUUUGGAAAGUCAGGUCAAAGGCAGAUACGAUGGAAAACUGGCAAUUAUUAAUUGCCAUAUGUGCCCGUAUAGACUUCCGGCUGGUGUAUGGAAAAACCAACCGAUGGAAUGGCCAGAGUUACAGUGGGGCGAUGUAUACUCAUUCUUAAUAGAAUCUCCAGGAGUUUUUACCAGAGAGAGUAUGAAAGCUUACAAAAGUUUAGAAGCACACAAUUAUUUCCUAUCAGGAUGGGUUCAAACAGUGUUGAACUAUCAACCUCCCGACAGCAUCCACAUUGUACUGCGUGCUGAUGUGAGACCCUCCCAAAGACUGAAUGAUGAACCACAUCACCCUUGGGCUGCUCUCUCUACUGAUGGAGCAGUGGCUGUUGCCCACUGUGACUGCAUGGCAGGUUUGGGAGAAUCCUGUUCUCAUAUUGCGGCGCUGCUAUUUAAAGUUGAAGCUGCUGUACGACUGGGUUAUACAUCACAGACGUGUACUGACCUCCCUUGUAAAUGGAACGAGGAUUUCGUAAAAAAAAUACAACCAGCGGAAAUCAAAAACAUCAGAUUUUACAAGGACAGUGCAGUCCAAAGAGUGCAGAAGUCAAAAAGAAAACAUGAGGAGAUCACACCACCAACAGACGAGGAGAAACGAUUGCUGUUAGGAAAAUUAUACGAGUGUUCCCAUCAACCGUUAGUUCUGAGCACUUUCUCAGAAUAUUCCGACCAAUUCCAUUGGAAGAAUGUUGUUGAACCAGACCCUGUGGUUCCACCCAAUUUAAGAACAUAUUUUAACGCAGAUUAUGCAGCCCUUUCUGUUGAGGAACUUGGUAUUAAAUGUGUUGAAAUACAAAAUGAAAUGUUUUUAAGACCCAAUGUUAUUCAAUACAUUUAUGAUGUGACAAAGAAGCAAGCCAGUUCAGUCACAUGGCAUGAACAAAGAAUUGGGCGAAUAACGUCUUCUACAGUUCACCAGGUGUUACACACAAAUAUUAACAAGCCAGCAUUAUCACUUAUCAAGACCCUGUGUACCGGGACUGUUAAAGAAUUGAAUGUGGCACCCGUCAAGUGGGGCAAAGAUAACGAAAAGAAGGCUUUGGACAGUUAUACCCAAAUAAUGAAAUCUUCUCAUACUGAUUUUGUUAUUAAUGAAGCAGGACUUUUAAUAGAUAAAAAACACCCUUAUUUAGCAGCCAGUUCAGACUCAAUCGCUUCAUGUGCAUGCCAUGGUCAACGGGUAGUUGAGGUGAAAUGUCCCUACACCCAGAGGGAAAAAACGUACCAUGAGUACAUGAAUGAAAAAUCAUGUUGUUUGAUGAUGGACGAAGAAGCCAGUAAACUCAAAGAAACACAUAGUUAUUACAGUCAGGUGCAGAUGCAAAUGUAUAUACAUGAUACUGCAUUUUGUGAUUUUGUGAUUUUUACCCCAAGAUUUACUGCAAUAUCAUAUGUCAGAAGAAAUCAUUCAUUCAUUGCUGAAAUGCUGGAAAAAACACGAGACUUUCAUGUUAAAUGUGUGAUGCCGGAGAUUCUGACACGGACUUUAGAAAAUAAUAGUGUACCAACUGCAACCACUUCUAGUUGUCCUGACAAUCGAGUGUAUUGUUUUUGUAAUUCCACUAAUGAUUUGUUAAUGAUUGGUUGUGAUGAACCAACUUGUCAAGUACAAUGGUAUCAUUUGGACUGUGUAAAACUUAAACGGAUCCCUAAAGGAGACUGGUUUUGCAAAACAUGUCGUAAAGAGCAUAAAACAAACAAAUAAUAACAUACUAGUACCAUAUAGCAUACUAAUAAUGCAGUUUUAUUUUAAGCAAUCAAAAAUAUGGUCCUUGUGCUUAAAUAAAACAAAUAAUUUCUUUGGAUGAGUGAAAACAUUUGUGGACAAGUAUAUUUCUUUAAAAAUGGAUAAUAAAUAAAAAUUACAUUAAUUGUUGGAAACCAAAUCUAGCUAUGGCAUCACCUUAACAGAACCAUGAUGGAGUGAAAUCAAUGUCAACCC